AUGCUCAGAAUCCUCGGCACUUUCGCCAACCUCAUCUUGUUGGCUGGUACCACCCUUUUGUUGAUCUUUAUUGUUUUGGGUGGUGCUGUUAACCACUUCCCUUUCCACAAGUUUGACUGGCUUCACGCUGACACCUCCAGCAUUGACGGUGCUUACUCCCAGUCCAAGUGGUACUUCUGGGGUGUUUGUGACGCUGACGACCGUAGCCAGUGUCACCUUGGUCCAGCUUACGCCCUUUCUCCUUACAGAAACUUUGAAACUGAGCUGGGUGUCCCACAGGACUUCAUCAGUGACGACUCCACCUACUUCUACUUGUCAAGAUUUGCUUUCGCUUUCUUCAUUAUUGGUUUCGUUUUCACUGCCCUUGCUUUCUUGAUUGACGUUCUUGGUUUCUGCUUUGACUUUGCUGAGAGACUCAUCAUUGCUUUGGUUACCUUGGGUCUCUUCUUCGUUGCUGGUUUCGCUGCUUUCCAGACUGCCGUUGCUGUCUUGGCUAGAAACGCUUUCAGAGAUGAAGGUUACUCUGCUGACAUUGGUGUCCAGGGUUUCGCCAUUAUGUGGACUUCUGUCGCAUGUUUGCUUAUUGUUUGGAUCAUCUCUUGUGCCAACAACAUUGCUACAUCUUACAAGAAGCACCUUAGCAAUGUCCAGGGCAACGAGGGCUACUACCACCAGCAGCAGCAGCAGGGUCAGGACGGUGAGCUCGGCGACGACUCUUCCUUUACCAGAUCCGUUCCAGUUGAGAAGGACGCCAACGCUGGCAGCGGUGGUAUUCGUUUCUUCAGAAUUAAGAGAAACCAGAAGCCAUCUGACGAAGAGAGCGUCUAA